AUGCAAUGCAGUAAGGCCGGUGUGUCCUGUACUACAACUAUUCCACGGAAAAAGCGUUUCUUUGGUCCCAUCGAGAAUAUCACGUUGCACUACAAAUGCUUGCUUGCUUUGGUAUCGGGCCUUUUUCCCGAUAAAGACGUUUACAACAUUGAAGAGCUGAUGAAUCUCGGCAAGGCGUUCAAGUUCGAGAUGCCAUCAGAGAACUCCAAUGAAGAGGAGAUCCAAAACAUUCAAGAUUUGAAGCAGCACGCAUUAGAGGAAGAAAACGAAGAAAACGAAGCAACAAACGAAACGAGCGAGUCAAAGAGAGAGUCAAGCGAAGAAACCGAGGUUCCCGCAAACAACGCAGAUCAGAAACAGACCGACAUCAAGGACGAAGAGGAAGAAAGUGUCCUGGUGACGACGAAAUCAGGGCUGCCCAAACUGCCUCCGAACAUUAAGGUCAAGUCCGCAGCCUACGAUCGUGACAGGCUUAUCAUGGAUCGCUUUGGACACACCCAUUUUAUUGGAAACUUUGGUACGGCUUCGCUUUUGAAUGGACUUUGCGAUAUCAUCAUUAAACGGUCUUUCAGUGUGAAACCUCCAACAUCAACUCAGGACAUUCGAGACAGCUCUGUUCAAACCAUCACCUCAGAAAACGAACCCGUGUAUCAAUACCCAACUCAUCUGUACAACCUGGAUGCCAUCAACAUCAACAGAUUCCCGUUGAUCAAUCUUCUUAAUAGAAUAGAAGCUGACAUGUACAAGAGCGUAUUCUUCGAGAAAGUGCACCCAUACUAUUUCAUUUUCAACGAAUUCAAAUUUGACGAGAAAUAUAACCUCUUUUGGGAAGAGAUCAAGAAGACAAACAAUAAGGACGACGAACCAACACCAAUGAAGAUUGGAAGCGCAGAAAUCUGCUGUAUUUACAUGGUUUGGAUUCUUGGAAGACGUUUCCAGCUGUACACCAAUCCGCAAGACCUUCCAAUAAACUCCGAACUAGACGACGACCUCAUAGGACGUUAUAUCGACAUUAUCAAGCUUUCAUUGUCUGAUAUUGUGCUGACCCCUACUCUUGAUGGUAUUCGCCUUUUGAUCUUGCUGUCUGUCUACCUAUCCAGUAUUAAAGUCAGGGAGAGUGGCUAUUGUUUGAUGCAAAUGGCAGCCAUCCAAUCGAAGAGUUUGGGACUUCAUAGAAAGUUCAUUGUUGACAAGUUUAAUGACGAGAAAGCCGAUGAAAUGAAGCGUGUGAUGUGGUCUUUGACCAAGAGUGAGACCACCCUUUGCUGUUCUUUCGGACGAGCUAGUGCAAUUCCUUGGGAGGAAGUCGACGUUGAGUUGCCAACGAUGGCAGAGGUUGAUAACGAUCUGUUUAAGAUUUACUAUGUGCAGAGUUCCCGUUUGACCAAGAUCAUUUUCCAGAUCCUGGAUAAUAAGAGAAAGUCAACAAGAGAACCCCUGUCGCUCGUCAGUAUAGAGAAACUUCUGCUUUUCCAAAAGAAUCUUGACAAGUUCUGGGAAAGCCUCCCCGAGUCUUGGAAAGAUUACAAGUCCUUGCCGGUCAGAAGAUACAAACCAAAGCUUCACAUCCAAUUCCAUUACUACUUUAUCAACUUGACUCUCCCUGUUUUCAUGCACAUUGUCAGCACGCAAACGUCUGUUAUCAGGAGAGACGAUCCCAUUCAGUCUCUUCUAGUGAAUGGAAUCAAGUCAUCAAUCAAAACAGCCGAGAUCCUCACGUACACCGACUCCAACGGAUUUUUCAAUGGAACAUUAUACUACGACGUCUUCUAUUCAUACAACGCAAUUAUGGUUCUCACUUUGACAUACAUUUUAUUCAAGAGUUCGAAGGGACAGAAAAGCAAAAGCGCACUGGACCUGGAAUACCUUGAUAAGGAACAUGACAUCAACUUUCCGAAUCUUAUGAAAGCCAUCAAUCUAAUCAGAAAUCUUAUCCUGAACAAUUUGCACCAGAUUGACGGAACAAUGAGAAGAAUGAGUGAUAUCAUAGAGACGUUGCUGGAAGACCUUGGAAUUAUUCAGGUUCUGGUCAAAGAGUUUGGUGCUCGUUCAAGUAACGUGCGCAAGAUCGAAGAUCGAAACGAAAGUGGUAGCACAAGUGUCAACGGAGGUAUAAUUCCCGGAUAUUACAGAAAGUUCAAAGUCAACGAAAAAUCAAAGCCAAAGAGACGCCGGCUGGUCAAACCUACAGAGGGGAACACCAAGAAUUUGGAGUCAGGCACGUACCCAGCGGCGAUGGAGCGGAACUCGAAUAUGUCUUACUCUUCGAUCUUUGACUUCCCUAACUCUCGUUCAAACUCAUCGACAAAUCUUGGAGAUCAGUCUGGAAACUUUGAGCUACCAGUUUACAGCGACUCACCGUUAGAGGGACCGACAGAGAGCUCACGGUCAGCUACGCCUAAUGUGAACGAGGCAUUGAACUCGAUUUUGGAUACCGAGCUGAUGGAGGUCCUCUUUGGUGCAGAAAUGGUCGACGCCAAUACCAGGGCGUUCGACGGCAACAUUUAG